CAGAGAAAAGAGAGAGUAGAAGCAGCGAUAAGCACGACCCAGCCUGUGUCGCCAACAAUUGUGAUCUUACAGUUUUCAUUUCUGAUAAGGAAAUACAGCGACUUGGAGGAAACAACAAGCAGGCUGCAGCCCGGCGGUGGUGGGGGGAUCCACAUGGAGGAUGAGGACGAGGAUGUGGUGUUCGGGGAGGACUCCAACUCUAAGUGGCUCUCUCCACCCUUCAGGGACAUAAAGCCCAAUCAUCAUCAUCAUCAGCAGCAGCAGCAGCAGCAUCAUCAUUACCAGCAUCAUCAUCACCAGGGCAUCGGGACGGCAACGGAGGACAGGGCAACGCAGGCGCCAGAAAUCCAGCCCGCGCCCGGCGGCGGCCACCCAGGGCCCGCCCUGUUGCUAGGCAACGGCAUGCUGCCCUGCGGCCUGGCAGAGGAGCCCCGACGACUCUUCCACGGUAACGCAGCCUUUCGACUGCUCCAGCCGCCUCAUCCGGGCGAGCCGAUGGUGAUGGCCAUGGAGCAGGAGCAGUGGGGGCACGCCGAUCACCCCCGGCAACCAGCCGAUCACCCCCGGCAACCAGCCGAUCACGCCCGGCAACCAGGAGCGCGCAACGUGGAGGUGGAGAUCGGGCAGAAACUGCAGAGGAUCGGCGAUCAGUUCCACCAGGAACACCUACAGCUGUUUCAGAGAAACCAAAGGCACCGUCGGCAGCCCUUGUGGUGGCGCGUGGCGUGGGCAGUGUACAGCCUGCUCUUCGAGAGACCCGCUGUGGAGGCCAGAGAGCCCAGGUGAGACUGAGCAGACCCAGCCACCGCAACCCGGACCGGAUCCGGACCACAUUUGGACUGGUGCCUGGAUCGGACCGGACUGGACUGGGCUGGGCUGGGCUAAUAAAACGGAACUGGAGCCAGACCUGGACUGGAACUCCACUCCAUCCAGUCCUUCUCAAGGUGGCUUUGGGGAUCUGUUUCCAAUGGCACUGUAGAAUAUUCAACACGGGUUUCGGAGAAGAAAGAAGAGGAAGGAGAGAGAGAGCUAGAGGUUGAGAGAAAGAAGAGAGAGAUUUCUUCAACAAAGGAGAUACUUGGUGGCCGCUGGUCCGGGCCAAGUGUCGUUCUUGAUGCUCCUUUUCCCAAGCCAGUUCCACCUCAACCGAACCCCACCCCACCCCACUCUCUCUCUCUCUCUCUCUCUCUCUCUCUCUCUCUCUCUCUCUCUCGCUCUCUUGCUCUCUCGCUCUCUCCAAGAAGAAGAUGCCAUGCUGUUCACAAGAUGUGGUUUUUUUUUCUAUUCAUAUUUUCUCAAGAAAAGACAUGGAAAAUGAAACAAAAAGGAUUGUGAAGUAAAGAAGACUGAGAAGAAGAAGAGGUGAAAAGGGGGAGGGGAAGUAUUUUGUACAGUUUAUAAUGGUCUUGUUUUUGUCGUUUGCACUUCCGUACAUGUACACUUCUUGAAUGACCUCCAUAAGACUUGGGAGUGCCUUAUUGUUGCCAUGCCAUGCCACGAAUGGACUGAUGGGUAGAGGUGAGGAGGAGGAGAACAAAGGAGCAGGAUGAAGAAGAAAUUGAUUUUUUUUUUUUAAUGAAGAUUGGGGUGGCAUGGCACUCCUGUUCUAAACUCUCCCAGUAAACCAAUCAACUUGACAACCAACUAAUCUCCAAAGAGGCUGUUAUUUUGUUUUGUUUUUGUAUUCCUUUCUUUUUUUUCCAGAACAAACUGUUUUGCACCUCAGCUUGUCCAGUUACUAUUUUUUAACAAAAUGUCGAGUAUCUUUUUUUCUACAACUGUUGUAUGUCUGUGUAUGUGUGUGUUUUUUUUAUUUCCAGUGUCUAUAUCUUUUUUGUUUGUUUGUUUUGAGGUAUUCCUCACAUGGAUUCGUCCAAGUUUGUUGUUUAGGUGUCGUGCCAAGUGGUGGUGGCAUCAUGAAGUCUUGUCGAGGUUGUUAUGGACUUGAAACAAAAAAUUACUCUUGUAAAACCUAAAUUGUGAUGUUCCUACUGUAGAUAUGAAAGGCAGACAAAAGAACCCAAGACGAUCUCAAUCACAACCUUUCCAGACAGUUCUGUUCUAGUAAGUGUCUGUUUGUGAUGGGAGACGCUAAUGAGCUUCAUGUACUCCUCAUGGGCUGUGUUCUGACGUCUUCACUUGUACACUUCGUAGGGAACAAUAUAGCGUAACCUAUGUAGUGCACGAGUGGACAUUUGGGACGCAGCCAUAGUCUUUCAGGGUAACAGCUUUUCUCAUUGGUAAGCCAUUGUACCCCUAUGAAAUUACAUUAACAUCAUAUUAAGGCCAGAACCAAGUCUCACAUGACCAGCAGAGACGCACAUGAGCUUUGAAAGCCAUUUUGCUUGCACUAGAGUACGCCUGCCAAGGGUGGUCGAUUUUAAUCAGAAAGCACAUUUUUUUUCAAUUCUGACAUGUUUUUUUGUUGUUGAUUUUUUUUUUGUAGUCAUUCUUUUUUGGUUUACUUUUAUCCCCAUUUUAACCACCAGGGAUAGAAAACCUCUUAGGGAUGACCUUGUCCCUAAACCUGAAUGAUUGUGGUGAAUUUACCUUCUCUUUUGGUAUAUUUACACCUCUAAGACUAUGUAAUGAAGGUGACUGAAACAUGGAUUAUUCUUAACGUUAAAUUCUUUUGUAUUUUCUUAGAAACCUGAUGUUUUAACAUCCUAUGUAUUGGCAUUACAUAAAAAUGAAAAACAUAUCCGACAGAGACAUACGUAAUUAGAAUUCCAUAACAAAUUAGGUUUUUUUUGUUAAAACUGAGUCAUUCAGUUAAUUUAAAUAACCCACCAAACCAAUCGGAAUGCUGUUGUUUUAAUUAACCAAUCAAUUUGAUAAAGGUGUCUGUCUCCUCGACCCUAAGAUGUUUUUUUAAAGGUCGUUCUAUGGUGCCAGCUGGAGAUUAGACUCCAAACCACUCACUUGUGUAUAGGCGCCUGAGUAUAUACUGUGCAAACAAAUCUGUGAAUCGACUGCAUCUCUUUCUCUCAGGAUACUUAUCUGGACUUUUGUAAUUUUGAAUAAGUAUAUACGAGUACUCAGUACAGUACCUUUCAGGUGAAUUUGUUAAACGGUGCAGUGGUGUAAAUGUUUAAUUGAUAUGACCACUACUUCUUUACCUUUUUAAACUUUUUUUUUUUUUACAAGACUAGAGGAGAAAAUCUUCGGAAGAAAGAAUCGAACUGUAGUUGUUAUUAUGUUUUUGGUAUUUUUGAAGACACUGAUUUGUUCUCGUCAAUGCUGUCAUUUUUUUGUUUUUGUUUUAUUCUGUUUUGUAUUCUUGUAUUGCCUUGUACUAUUUUCAUUUCCAACCUUGUGUCCAAGGUCAGGGGAGUAGUUCAGGCGCUGUGGGAGACGUAAGCAAAACCACAGAUAAAUACUAUCACUGCAAAGGGACUUUUUGGCCUUUUCCAAAUCCACCUUCAAAGUUUUCAUUAUUCAUUUUUUCAAUCAUUAAUUUCAAUUGCGUUCUGUUCUGGUAUCCAUGGCCACACCGUAGCGUAGCACACAAACCCCUGGGUACAUACAGCAGUAUGGUACAGUAGCCUCUUGUUGAUGUAGCUGCAAGUUGGUGACUGUUUGAGGGAGAGUGCUUGUGGAGGCAGAGGCUACACUGAAAGCAUGUUUGAAAGCAUGAUGAGCAGAAAGUUGUAGUUGUUUCCUGCAAAUUUUGAACGCUGAGCCAGUUAUGUCCUAGUAGCUCUGUCUCCGCGUGCCUCUGUCGUGUCACCUUAGCCUUGCUGAGUAGCCAUAGCCUUAUUCUCUCUAUGCCCUGUCUGCGGACCACUCCUGAAACCUCCUCCGGACAUUAAGGCUUUUGUAAUUUAUUUUAUUUUGUUUUAUUUGGUUUUAUUGUUCUUUUUUUUGUUCAUGUAUUUAUUGUUUGUAUAUUUGUCCAUUUGCUACUGUAUACUUUCAUGUGUGCAAUUUCUCGACUGUUCUUUUUUUAUUACUAUUUUAUUUUAUUGGUCUUAGAUGUGUAUAUAUUGUAUUUGUGUUUCUCUGCUGAAUGGGAGGGGCCAGCAUUGCCUGAUUGAUCGUUUCUUGGGAAUACAAUUAAAAGCCCAAAAUCUCAGUUAGGUUUGUUUGAGGGAGAAAGACAAAAACAAAGCUGGAAUCAGCAAUCAUUUAAUCAAAGAUUGAUUGGCGAGAAAUUGAUGUUGUUAACUAAUAGAUAACAUUGGUCUACAAGAAAAGACCAUAAAAUCAGAAGGAACAACUCUUGGUUUGAAAACACAUCUUAUUGCCUUCCUCACUAUACCUGUGGCAUUCUUUUGCACUGUGGUACACGUAUGAAAACAAUCAUGAAGGCAAAAAAAAGGCAAGAAGGUUACUGCAAAAAAAAAAAAAAUGGCUAGAAGGUUAUUGCUAGUUGAUGGAUUUGGGCCCCCUGGGAAAGCUGUGCCUUUCUCUUGUCAAGUGAGCUUGUUCUCUGCUAAAGCAUGAUGUGUCUUCACAUGAACCCCCAAGGACCAAGGGGGUAUUUAUUUCACAAAGCUGGUUUAAUAGUAAACCAGGUUAAGAUAACCUUGAGAUAGGAGUAAAUCACCUAAUAGAAGAGCCCGGAGUCUUCAUUUUCUGAACUAAAUAUUGCCUGCAGGCUAUCUAUUAGCGGGUUUACCAUUCCCUGUAGGCUAACUUAGCCAAGUUUAUCAUUUAAUUAACCAUGUUCUUGGAAUUCUCCCCAGGCUUCCGAUCCCCUGCCACUAGCCCUAUGCCCACUGAAGCCCUGUACACUGAAGUUAGCAGCUAAAGGUGAUGCUGCCUGACAUCCUGCCUUUGGUAGUCACCAUUGCACAUAACAAUGACGAGUAUUGCCCUAACAGUUAUUUCAGUUGUGUCAGUCGAGUGAGUGAGGCGUCACAAGUGUUAACCACAGUGACAACUUUUCUGUAAAGUCACUGGGCAUUUUGGUUAUCUGGUUUGUAGACUGCAUUGUUUAUUUGAUUUUUUUUUUUUCCUUAAAAAAUUGACAUGCACUGGAAAGAAAUUGAAUAACUUUGGGUUCUUCACCCUGGUGUUACCUUUAAAAUCCUGUGUAAUGUAGUAAACUGUAACAUGCACAACAGGAUAUACAGUACACUCUGGAAUCAUUUCUGAAGUCUGAUUCAUUUGGCACCACUGAAGCAAAACAAAAAAAAAACUCAGUGGGCUCAUUAAUUCCAUUCUCUGCAGUGUACAAUUGAGGUCGAAGAUGGAAGGGAAGCAAGCCACCAUGUUGCCCAGUGUUAGCACUGAUUUUGUGGGUGUCCAAGACUUGGUCUGGUUGCAGAAACUGCCGUUUGGUCGAUGUGACUAGAGGCCCACAAGAACAGUUAGCUUAGUGUUAAAAACCAUCAGUGUCUUGGAAUUAUUCUUACUAAUUUUUUUGUCCAUUGUAAUUCAAGGGAACAUGAUGAAGAGUGAAGUUUAGAUCAUUCUACUUGGAUGAAUCCUUGCUCGUGUUCAUUUUUUACUUUUUUAAAAUCUUUUUAUACUAUGUCUGCUUUUUGGAGACAGUUUCGGCCUGUAAAAUGUUUUUAUUGACACCUUAUGGAAUAUCUGCGUGUGGAGCAUCAAAUGAGAUCAAGGGCUUUCUUAUUCUGUUUGAAAGGCAAAAAAGGAAUGAACUUGCAACAUUCCUUGCUGAAUUCUGAUACAGAAAGGGCGGUACAGGCUUGUGAGAUUCUGUUUUGUAGUCAUUUCAUAAAACAAAACACAAAAAAGCAAAAUAUCCACACAUUUUCUACAAUAAUGGGAAUAUGUCAUGUAUUGGAAUCAACAUGAAAUAUACUAUGUUUUACAUCGUCAACUGUUCAGUUACAUUUCUUGCUGAAUUCCUUGAAGUUGCCUUCAUUUCAUUACAGUUUGUAAACAAUUAUUUUGAGGCUUAACACUUACUCUGUAUACCAAGAAAUGAGACCCAGCAAAAAUGUAGCAUUUUUGUUUUUUGUAAACUUUGACUGUGCGUCUACGAGACUGAGCUGUGCACUCAUACUUUGUUUUUUUCCCCCUGGUUUUUAUACAGUAUGGAGGUUUAGACGAUUUGUUAUAUAGUGCAAUAUGCUGUACAUAAGAGCUUUUCUCUGAAAGAAAACUUUUUUUGGUUGUUUAAUUGGUACAUUUUUUUUUCAAUAAAAUGUAUUGAACUCUGUGAA